CCCAAAACGGUUUUCGAGUCGUUUCGCGCAACGACAUCUUGAGAUUCGCGCUGGUUCUCCUUGGUUGUUCCGCAGCACCGCCGCCGUUGGUCAUACCUCGAGUUUACGGAUCAACCGAGAUUGUCCUCUUGUCCCUCUCACUCCACGCCGAAUUGGCCUUCGACAGCAUCGACCAAAACAUUGCUGAUGAAACCUCGUUUCCAUCUUGUCGUACCCGCCAACGAGUGUCUGACCGGGACGUGCAUGCGGUAGGACCACUACACCAGGGCCGUCGCAGGCAAAGUCCAGGUAGACGGCAUGGCAGGGAAUCUCUCUGAUGGGCCCCAAUGGCCUCCUCGAUCGCCGCACGAGGCCCUGCUGAGCACGCCGGGUGGCCGGGAAAAGCUGCGUCGCAUGAUGAACCGCACAUCGCCUUCCCCAUCUCCGUCGAAGCGGACCACCGGCACAGCUCAGACACAGGCAGCAGCGAUGCUUUUCGAAGACGGGGACGAUGACGAUGAGGACGACGAAGAAACUCUACAGCUCAAACUAAAAGCGAUACAAGCCCAGCUCAAAUUGAAGAAGUUGCAAAAGGAAAAGGCAAGGAAGGAUGCCGACAAUGAAAGCACCACCAACAGAGCUGAGUCUACAUCGGUAUCAAGCACAUCGAUCAUGACAACCAGGCCCGCCGCUUCAUUGACAGAGAGAAGAAAUACAUCUUCACACCAGGCUGAGGUUCAAGUGCCUGCCUCUCCCGUUCGCAGGACUCAGCAGAGCAUGCAAGAUCCCACAUCUCCAAGCCGAAUACGCUUAGGAAUCGACAAAGGCUUGACUGCAAGAGACAUAUCACUCAAGCGAGCUCCGAGUCUGAGGCAAACAGCUCGAGCAGAGCACGACAGCCGCACGACACAGCGUACAAGAGGAUCGACCGAUCAAUCGUCAAGAUCAGGUGAAAGUCAGAAACAGGUCACGACGUUCGGGCAAAGAAUGCAGGCUGCACGAUCGGAUGAGGCCAGUCGAUCGGAUCGCCAGGCGCGGAUCAGGCAGGUCCGGAGUACGGCAUUUGGCCUGGGGAAGACUGAGUUGGAGGACCUCAAGAGGAACGCCACCGAGAUCCCAGAUGUGCCCGACGAACCCAUCCAAUUCACGCGCGAGGACGUUCUGUCACGCGGCCCGGAACAGAAAAGGAACGCGGCCAACACGGCCAGUGCAGCAACGCGGACAGCACUUGAUAUGCCAGCCAUCGAGCCAUACUCCGGUUUCCAUCUGAGCAAAAGAAUCAUUCCUCACACCACCAUGGCGCGGACCCUGAGCGGCAAAGAAAUAUACAACAUUGAGGAUGUCUUGAAGCAUGUCAAGGCACCAGACUUUGAACUACCAGAUAUUGACAAGGACAUCGUCAUCUUUGGUAUACUAGCGUCCAAAUCGGACCCCAAGGCGCAUAAAACCAAAAGCGCCCUCAAGGAAAAAGCAGGAAAGGACGAUAACGCUGCGAAAUACAUGGUCCUGAAACUAGUCGACCUGCAGUGGGAACUUGACCUCUUCCUAUUCAACACAGGCUUUGACAGAUACUGGAAAUUGAGCCCCGGCACGGUGAUCGCCAUACUGAAUCCUACAAUUAUGCCGCCGCCGCCAGGUAGGACCGAUACGGGAAGGUUCAGCCUCGUGAUCAACAGCGGUGAGGACACCAUUCUGGAGGUGGGCACUGCUAGGGAUUUGGGCUUCUGUAAAUCAGUCAAGAAAGACGGCAAAAUCUGCGACAGCUGGGUUAAUAAAAAGCGUACGGAGUUCUGUGAAUUCCACAUGAACUCUGCGCUGGAGAAGCAUCUCAAAGCUAGGCAGGAUAUCAACGCUUUCAAUACCGGCCCGGGGCCUCGCAAUGGGAAUGCUUCCAGCAGCACGAGACGAGGCAAUUCCGCGCGCGGUAAAGAUGGAGGAGGUGAAGACAAGAGAGCACGAGGUGCCUUCGAUCGCGACACGCAAAGCCACUGGUUCUUGCACAAGAAAGACAGUGCUGCUGCGAUGCUGGACAAUGAGGUGCUGUCGGGUCAUAUAUCAGGCACCAUCGAGCGUGGCGAGGCUUUGAAACGUCGUCUCGCAACCCAGGAGAAAGAACGAGACAUUAUGAAGCAGCUUGGCAAGGUUGGAGCUGGUGCUGGCAAGGAGUACAUGCGCUUGGCACAACAGAAGAGAGAAAUCCCCACUUCUGGGGCAGACCUUGUACACGAUCCUGACUCGACUUCAGGCAGUACAGGAGCAGAGGGCGAGCCGAGACGAAUGGAUGCCCGGUCUCUUGGUCUGUUGAAGGACAAAGAUCACAAGAUCCAUCUCAGCCCCGUGAAGCGGAAGCGCACGGAAAGCGCACUGUCUGGGUCAUUUGACUCGUCCUCGUCAACAUCCCAUUCCUCGGCGUUCCCGUCCAGACCUCCCAGUGUCGUGAGCAAUACCAAGACACAGGCACUUGGAUGGGGUGGUGGGCUCAAAUCGAAGCUGUCAAGGAUGAAAGAUGGAGAAAAUUUGCGGAAGGGCAAUGCGAGCUCGACGCCCCAGGAGAGCGACAUGAGCGGCACAAUGAAUAGCGUGAGCAGCGACCAUGCGCCGUCUCGUAAGAAGACGCGGUUUGUGACAGAGAAAGGCAUCCGGAUCGCAGGACGCGAGAGUCUCGGUGGGGAGCUUGCCAGUUGCAGCAGCGAUAAGCCUGGCGAUGGCGCCAGCACGGCGACGGGGCCACGGAUGGUCAUGCUGGAUGAUGAUGACGACGAUGAUUUGCUAAUCCUUGACGAGUGA